GAGUGGCACUGGUUUUAUAAUUUGUGAGGUGAGCUCACUCUCAAUUUGAGGUUAGCCGAGAUUUUGGCAUCUUUGAGUUUUUUCUCGUUUAUUGUGUGGCAAAUUUACAAAAUUAUUUAUAUUUGAGAAGUUAUUCGAAGGUGAAUUUGUCAACUUGGUAUUCCUAAAACCUUUCAACAAACAAAAUGAAUGCUCCACCAACAUUCGAGUCAUUCCUUCUCUACGAUGGUGAGAAAAAAAUCAUCAAGGAAUUGGAUACUAAAGUGCCGAAUGCGGCCAUCUUCACAAUCAACAAAGAAGAUCACACCCUUGGAAACAUGAUCAGGAACCAACUGUUGAAGGACCCCAAUGUGCUGUUUGCGGGUUACAAGCUGCCGCACCCCUUGGAGCACAAGUUUGUGCUGCGUAUUCAGACGACAGCCGAGCAUUCGCCACACGACGCCCUCAUGAACGCCAUCACCGAUCUUGUUGCCGAACUGUCACUUUUCGAGGAACGAUUUAAGGAGGCAAUCAAAGAGAAGAAAGAAGGCUUGGAUUGAGCUUCUAGCUUCAAAAACGCCACCUUCCAAGUAACAUACACUUUCCUAUUGGAAACUAUAUUCGACUUGCAAGAGUGACACAUGUAAAAAGAACUAUUUUGUGAUAUUUAACAAUGAACUAGACUAUAAAUAAUGGAUUGUAAUAUUCUAUUGUGACCGACGAAAACAUUUCCAUCAAUAUUUAUCCAUUUAUUCACAAUAGAGACAUCGGGUUUACCCAAAUAUGUCUCAAAUAUUCAUUGUAGUAUCAAUUCAAAGUCCUUUACUGUUCAUUUUAAUAAUAAUUGUCAUGGUGACAAGAUUUUUAAAAAUAUGUUGCUCUGAAUCUGAAACCAAUGUUAUUUAUACGAUAUUAUUGUGUAAUGAGGUAGAAAUAUAUUGAUUUUGAUAUCUGUA